AUGGGCGCUGAGCUGCUCGAUCGCUCUCCCAUGGCCCGGCAACUCAUCGUCCAGCUCGAAGCGCACCUCGCCGCCCUUCCAGAGUCGGAGCGGCCUAGUUGGUCUCUGGAGCAGGAGUUGCGCGCACCCCAGGCCACGUCCCGUCUGAACGAGGCCGCCCUGUCACAGCCUCUCUGCACGGCGCUGCAGAUCGUCCAAGUCGACCUCCUGCGCGCCGCUGGCGUCGAGCUCGCGGGAAUCGUCGGGCACUCGAGCGGUGAGAUCGGUGCCGCAUAUGCCGCCGGCCUCCUGUCGGCCCGCGACGCGCUGUGCCUACUUCCGCGGUCUGGUGCCAUGAUGGCCGUGGGCACCUCGAUGGAGGACGCAGUCGACAUUGUUGCCGAGUUCGACGGGGCAGCUACGCUGGCGGCUUGCAACUCGUCGGCCAGCGUCACGCUCUCGGGCGAUCAAGACGCCAUCGACGAGCUGGCCACCAUCUUCGAGGAUGAGAAGAAAUUCCAUCGCAAGCUCAAGGUCGACAAGGCGUACCAUUCCAGGCACACGGUGCCCUGCUCGGCACCAUACAUGGAAUCCCUCCGCGGCAACGGCAUCAAGGUGCGGACUCCCAGUGGUUCCAAGAAGGGCGGUCGUGUCUGGUACUCGACUGUGUACGAAGGCCUGGAAAUGUCUUCUCCCGAGGCGCUCGCGAAGCUGAAAGACGGCAGCUACUGGCGCGACAACAUGGUCCGGUCGGUGCUUUUCUACCAGGGUCUGAACAAGGCACUGGCGUCUGGCACGUUUGACCUCGCCCUCGAGAUCGGUCCUCACCCGGCCCUCAGGGGCCCGGCAACCCAAACCAUCCACGAGGCGCCGAACCGCGAGAUCCCCUACCACGGCGUACUUUCCCGCGGCACCACGGCCGACGUGGCCCUCUCUGCUGCUCUCGGCAUUCUCUGGAGCCAGGAGAACACGGCUCAGUCGCUGGUCAACCUGGAAUCGUCUGAAGCGGCCGCCACCAAUAAGAGUGACGGCUACCGUUUGUUAAAGGGGCUGCCAACGUACCGGUGGAACCACGAGCGGACCUACUGGAGGGAGUCGCGGCACUCCCGCCGCCUUCGCACCCGCAAGGCGCGCGUCAACCCAAUCCUUGGAGCUGUCGAACCCGAGAGCUCUAUGACACAACAACGCUGGCGCAACGUACUCCGAGGACGCGAGAUUCCGUGGCUGGCGGGCCAUCAACUGCAAGGCCGCACCGUCUUCCCGGCCACCGGAUAUGUCUCGACGCUGAUCGAGGCUGUGCGCCAGCUCCCGCAGGUUGCCGGGGGCACAAUUCAUCUCAUUGAUAUCUCAAGCUUCUGCAUUCUGCAGGCCAUGUCGUUCGGCGAAGACGACAGCGGCAUCGAGAUCCUGUCGACUCUCGAGACCAUCCGGAAGGACAAUGAGCGUCGGACCAUCCGAGCACACUUUACGUAUUCCUCGGCUUCCGGGCGGGACCCCAAUGAUGGCUUCGUCCUGACUGCGAGCGCUGACGUUGAGAUCCUGCUUGGCGAGCCCUCCAAGAGCUUGCUACCUGCUCGCCAGGCAGAGCCGCCCAACCUGGUCGACGUGACUGAUGACCGCUUCUACGGCACCCUGGCUGAUCUCGGAUACGGGUACACUGGGCCGUUCCAGGCCUUGUACGGCCUUCGUAGGAAGCUUGGCAAGGCUGUCGCCCAGGUCGCCAUCCCGCCAUCGGACGAGAGCACGCCUCUCGUCCACCCCGGCACGCUGGACGGCGCCAUCCAGGCCAUACCCCUUGCCUUCUGCGAUCCGGGUGAUGGCUAG